CAGCAACAUUUGCAGAUCACCACAUAAAGCACAAUGUCCAAACUAGCAAACCGCGCCGACUGGGCCGACGACGAGGAGUUCGAUGACCCCUCCGCGCUCCCCGCGCAACAAGUCACAACGAACAAAGAUGGCACCAAGACCGUUGUGUCGUACCGCUUCAACGACGAGGGCAAGAAGGUGAAGGUCACCCGCCGGAUCAAGACCACCGUCGUGAGGGAACAUGUCAACCCCCAGGUUGCGGAGCGGAGGUCCUGGGCCAAGUUCGGUCUCGAGAAGGGCCACGCUCCCGGACCCUCGUUCGAUACUACCUCCGUCGGUGAGAACAUCGUUUUCAGACCCAGCAUCAACUGGAAGGCACAGGCCGCGGAGGCGGAGAAGAACGGCGGCGAGAAGGGCAGUGUGAAGGAUCAGCUCAAGGACAAGAAGGUCAAGUGUCGUAUUUGCAGCGGAGAGCACUUUACUGCCCGCUGUCCGUUCAAGGAUACCAUGGCGCCCGUCGACGAGUCCGCCGGUGGCGCUGGUGCUGCUGGUGAAGCCGAUGAAUCAGCCGCCGGUGGUGUUGGCACUGGAUCUGGCAGCUACGUGCCUCCUCAUCUCCGGAAAGGUGCUGCUGGCGGCGGCGAGAGAAUGGGUGGCAAGUACGAGAAGGACGAUCUGGCGACUCUGAGAGUUACAAACGUUUCCGAGUUGGCGGAAGAAGGAGAACUCCGCGAUCUGUUCGAGCGCUUCGGCCGCGUCACCAGAGUCUUCCUCGCCAGAGACAGAGAGACCCAACGAGCCAAGGGCUUCGCUUUCAUCAGUUUCGCAGAUCGCAGCGACGCUGCACGCGCUUGCGAGAAGAUGGAUGGCUUCGGUUACCGCCAUCUUAUCCUCCGCGUCGAGUUCGCGAAGAGAACCACAUAAACAAUCCCACCGAUCCUCCAUACCAUUUCUUCUUCUCGUUCCGGUUUACGACACUUUUUGGAUCUUUUCGUCAGGCGGGCUUCCUUCCUUCAUGGCUGAGGAAUCUUUUCUUUGUAAUGUAUGAACUGAUCGAUAAUGAUGAUUACUGAAAAGCAUCCAUCCAAACCGUGUCAUUUACAUUUGCUUUUGCUGUCGAUUUUCUCUACACAAAGAAAAGUACGGUUCUAGAGGGGUUUUCUCAUUUGCCUUUCCUCUUUCUCUCCUCCUCUUCUUCCUCUUCCUCUUCUUCUUUCUCCCCAUAGCUCCUCACAAUCUCAAUAUGGAUAGCAAAUGAUAAACCAAAAACGCACGCUAGACACCCACCCAAACAAAACAAGUCAAAAUGAGAAAA